AUGGAAGCUUUAAUUUCCUCACCAACAUUUCCAUUACCUGGAUUAUCCAAAAAUAAUAUCAGCAAAUCACCACCUUUAAAAAUCGAGGGUGAGAAAAUGAACGGAUUGAAUAGUUCAUCGAACGAAGAGAAAAAGUCACCUAGGGCACAUUUACUUAAGCCAGUGAGAGUAAGACCAAGAACACAAGUAGGAACUACAAAUCGCUGGCGGUUUCCCGAAUCAUCUGGUGGUGAUCUACUAGGAACGUCACAAGCAGUAAAAUCUGUACCGGCAAUUGAUGAUACUCCGUUUAUUCCUAUAAUAAACUAUCAGACUUAUUCGGAAUUUGAACAGCAAAACAUACCAGUAGAUCAUGAAGAAGUCAAACCUCUACCUGGUAUUGAUGGCAAAUUUGCCAGUGGAGAAGAAACUAGAAUCAUAAAGCCUACUAAAUCGACCUAUUUCAUACCAAAAGAGAAGAAAACUAAACUAUCACCAGAAGCUUUCCACUAUCAUUCUAGAUCAACUACAUCUCCGUAUGAGCCAGAUGUUAUAUUAUCUUGCUUGGGAACUCUUUGGGAAUUACACAAGCCAUUUCUACAGCGCUCUAAUAAACUAACCGCGUUGUUAGAGAAAGCUGGCGAUAGAUCAGCUGCUACGUAUACUAAUCGCAUAGAUCAUAAUCAUGAUCGUCAGAUUACAUCGAAAUAUAGAGCCGGGCUUAUAAGCGGCUCAGAAAUGAAUAUUUCAUCGGAAUUACCUGAUCACAAAAGGCAACAACAUGAUACCGUUACAAAGGCAGAUGAUCAAUUGAUUAAAAUUAAACUAUCGGCCAAUGAUCCAAAUAUUGAUAAGGAAGCCUUUGCUAUUGCAAUUUGCAAUCUAUACCGAGAUGACAUGAUUGUUGAUGAAACACACGUAAUUGGCGUACUAGCGGCUGCCCAUCAGUUACAGUUCUCGAAAUUAGAGAAUAAAUGUGCACAAGUGAUGCUCAAAAGUAUCGAAUUAUCUAACGUGGCUCAGUAUCAUCAAAUGGCAACAAAGUGCAAGCAAUCUACUGUUGCUGUGGCUUGUGAAAGAUGGCUAGAAAUUAAUUUAAUGCCACUGAUGUCUAAACGGAUAAACCUGAGGCAAUUGUCAUUAGAUCUACUACAUAAAAUUAUUCAAUCUCCGAGAUUUUUUACGUACAAUGAAUAUGAUGUUUUCAAGCUCGUUUGCGUGUGGAUUUACUUAAGGGAGAACAGUUCAGAGAUGUUAAUGCCGACCUAUGCCACCGUAGUUCAAUACUUUGAAAGUAUACCUAAAAAUAUAUGUUUCCUCCUUGGUGCUGAGGGCAAAAAGUAUACGAGCAUAUUUCAAAUCAUUCGUUACAAUGGCAUCAUUGAUGUGAGACAUUUGGAUGAAAUCGAAAAAAUGAAUAUUUUUCCUCAAAGUCAUUUCUAUUCUCUAUUGCAUCAACAUUACCACAGUCUACAAAAUGGAGGUGAUAUGUUGCUUGAUCCACGAAUAGAAUUAAAUGGUAUUAGAAUAGGAUUUAUCCUACAAGAGGAACCUAAAUUUCAUUCGGAGUUAAUAGCCUUGCAUGGAUUUUACUUUGAAGCCAAAGCAAUUAGGCAAAGCCAUCCAAAUUCUUACAGUUUCUAUAUGCAGCGUAUUCGGCCUACAGAUAAUGUUCUAUCCUAUAAAGAAUGUGAGCGCCAAGCAUUUUCAGUACGGCCGGAAAGAAAGACAAUGUACAUUGUUCGUGUUCAGAGUACACAGGGCGGCAACUAUAAAGUUCAUAAAACAGACAUGUUAACUCAUAAUUUUAGCAUGACAACUCAUGGAAGAAAAAGUCAAAGCUAUAAGCCGGAGACGAACAAAUUCGUUAUCACGCAUUUCAGUUAUCCAGCCAUUAUCCUUGUUACUAUAUUGCGAGAGAAUUUUGGUGCUAUAAGAAAUAAUCUGCGUAGAAUUUACGAAGACAAACAGCUAGCUGGUUGGAAAAUCGGACUUUAUGAUAUCAAAUCCAUUAAUAAUCAGACACGCGGGGCUAAAAUAGGCAAAAGCAAGUUUGAUAGCUAA